CACGUGCGCCCGGCCAAGCUCUAGGCCGGAACUCGGCGCGGAAUCCGGCGCCUGCCGCUUGGUUGGGCUCAGGAUGCGCGGCGGGCAGGGCGCGGCGCGGGCCCCGGUGAUCCAGUUCACCAACUGUCGCAUCCUGCGGGGCCGGGCGCUGCUCAGGGAGGAUCUGUGGGUGCGCGGGGGCCGCAUUCUGGACCCGGAGAAGCUGUUCUUUGAGGAGCGGCGCGUGGCUGACGAGCAGAGGGACUGCGGGGGCUGCAUCCUAGCGCCCGGCUUCAUCGACGUGCAGAUCAACGGUGGGUUUGGCGUUGACUUCUCUCAGGCCACAGAGGACGUGGGUUCGGGAGUCGCCCUGGUGGCCCGGAGGAUCCUGCCGCACGGAGUCACCUCCUUCUGUCCCACGUUGGUCACCUCGCCACCGGAGGUUUAUUGCAAGGUCCUUCCUCAGAUCCCCGUGAAGAGUGGUGGUCCCCAUGGGGCAGGGGUCCUCGGGGUGCACCUGGAGGGCCCAUUCAUCAGCCACGAGAAGCGGGGUGCACACCCCGAGGCCCACCUGCGUUCCUUUGAGGCCAACGCUUUCCAAGACUUGCUGGCCACCUAUGGGGGCCUGGACAACGUCCGCAUCGUGACACUGGCCCCCGAGUUGGGCCGCAGCCACGAGGUGAUCCGGGCAUUGACGGCCCUUGGCAUCUGCGUGUCCCUAGGGCACUCAGUAGCUGACCUGGGCACUGCGGAGGAAGCCGUGCAGAGCGGGGCCACCUUCAUCACCCACCUCUUCAACGCCAUGCUGCCUUUCCACCACCGUGACCCAGGCAUCGUGGGGCUCCUGACCAGUGAUCGGCUGCCCCUGGGCCGCCACAUCUUCUACGGGAUGAUUGCUGACGGCAUACACACCAACCCUGCCGCCCUGCGCAUCGCCCACCGGGCCCACCCCGAGGGGCUGGUGCUGGUCACUGAUGCUGUCCCUGCCCUGGGCUUGGGCAAUGGCCGUCACACGCUGGGGCAGCAGGAAGUGGAGGUGGAUGGCCUGACAGCCUAUGUGGCAGGCACCAACACACUGAGUGGCAGCAUAGCCCCAAUGGAUACCUGCGUCCGGCAUUUCCUGCAGGCCACAGGCUGCAGCGUGGAGUCUGCCCUGGAGGCUGCGUCCCUGCACCCUGCACAGCUGCUGGGCCUGGAGAAGCACAAGGGGACCCUGGACUUUGGGGCCGAUGCAGACUUUGUGGUGCUCGAUGACUCUCUCCACGUCCGGGCCACCUACAUCUCGGGCGAGCUGGUGUGGCAGGCGGAAGAAGCCAGGCAGUGACUGAGGACCGCCGCUGGAGGGGAUGCCCAACCCCAGCUGGACACUGUCGGCUGGGCCAUCGAGGAACUGGUCUCCAGAGAGUGGUGGGGGCCUCGGCCCGGAGGCGGCUGGCUUGGAUAAACAUGUGCCCCGUCGGGA